GUAAAUUUCUGGAAUACUACUACUAAUAAUAAUUAAGGACAAAGGCACAUGAAAUCUGGGCGUGGCGUUAAGUGGAGAAUGUGAAUGAGGUGUAUCUUAUCCUUGUUCAAACGUCACCGACCAUCAUCGAUUUGGACGUUCUGACUUCUUUCUUCAUAAAAAUGGACAACCAUCAGACACUGACAGACUCACUGCUUGGACCCCAGGAUAUAGAACCAUCAGGCAGCCAGACUCCAGGCCCUGUGACAAUUCAGCCAACUGAGACAGCCUUCUGUGCACACAAAUCUGACUCAUUCCCUUGCCUGCAACCCCUCUCGUUGCACCAGCAAGCCCAGGGUGAGGUACAUGAGCCUGGAGAGGUCGUAGUAGUCGUCAAACCGAAGACUGCAAAUGGUCAUGGAGUCUGUUCCUCUUCUCCAGAAGCAAAAACGUCAGUUCCUAGACUCUCCUCUCCACCUCAACGUCAUCAUUCUGUCCCCCAGGCACAUCCCCCUCAUUUUGGACGCACACGAAAGGGUAGCAGAUCCAGCUCCAUUGCUUACACAGCAUUCUCACCACGGCCCUCAAUCUCCCGUCACUCCAGCUUGGCGACCAACCCACCGCUGGAUCGCUCCAAACCCAGAGAUUACCUCCUCCUGGCUAUUAUUGCCUGCUUCUGCCCCGUUUGGCCAAUUAACAUUGUGGGAUUUGUCUACUCUGUCAUGUCCCGCAAUAGCUUGGAACAGGGGAAUAUUGAUGGAGCCAUACGGCUGGGCCGCGUAGCGAAGCUGCUUUCCAUCGUGUCAAUUGUGGGUGGGGUUAUCAUUAUUGUGGCAUGUGCUGUCAAUUUAUCAAUUAACGUGAAAUCCUGAGGCGAGGUUCACAUCAGAUUACUAACCGCAAGACCAUGCUUCUGUCUGGCUAUCUAUCUGUUCCUGUGAUCACAGUUUUAGCUAGGUGAUUAAUAAGUAAGCUGACACCUUGUUCCUCUCCAGCACUCUCUAAUUAAUCAUAAUAAUAAUACUAAUUCAAGACUACAUUCAAUCUGAAACCCCACCACAAGAAAUGGAGUUGAAAUGCAUGAAUGUUUGAAUCAGUGUUUGCAGCAGACCAUUUGAGCCAAAUAGCCAAAAGCACUUGAUGAUGAAGCUGUAAUACACACACAGUCCACAUUAGGCUUGGUCAGAAUGCACGUUUCAGAUCAGCUAUGAGAACUGCACUGCAUCAUGCAAAAUGUUUGAGAAAAAUGCAUCAUAAGUCCUGAGAUUCUUCCUUGUCUUGUGAAGAGGAGGAGAAUACACAUUGCACUAUUAGAGCGGAAAGUGAUAUGCCCACAUCGACAGAUACUGGAACCAAACUUAAUGUUUUAAUGUGAAUAAUGAACGAGGCAUUACUGGACUAGAAGCAGAAAGAUGGCAGCUCGUUAAUUAUUAAUACAAAAUGUAAUUUUUUAAAAAAUGUUUUUUAGUUUGUUUUAUGCGUUUC